AGCAAAUCAUUUACUACGUAUUUUAAUUUGAAAGAAAGAAAAUCACGUACAGCCGCAUCGGGAAAAUGCUAAAAGUAGAAAGCAACUGCCUGCUAUUCUUACUCGGCUUGUUGUCGCUUCUUCACAUGCACGGAAUCGUUGGUAACGAAGAAGUUGAUGCUUUAUAUGUUAUGAAGACAGCACUUCAAGACCCACGCAAUGUUCUACAGAGUUGGGAUCAUACUCUAGUCGUUCCCUGCAAUUGGUUUCAUAUUACGUGUGGGGGAGUAAAAGAUCUUCCGGAGUGCGACAACAAGGUUACUCGAAUUGAUCUUGGAAAUGUAGGGCUCUCCGGUACACUCGUUCCAAAUCUCCAGAACCUUAAAUGCUUGCAGUAUUUGGAGCUUUAUGGUAAUGCUAUCACUGGUACGAUGCCUGAGGAGUUUGGCAACCUAACAAAUUUGGUGAGCUUGGAUCUGUACGAUAACCAAUUGACCGGUCAAAUACCCCAAACGUUGGACAAAUGCCGCAAUCUCAUAUUUUUGUACGUGUUACCUUGAUUAGCUUUCUCCAUAUUUAAUUUGUUAUGGAUAAUUACUCUCUCUAUUCCGAUUUCUCAUUAAUUCAUAUUACUAUAUCACCCGUGCGUGCGAUACAUGGUUUGAGAUGUUUC